AUGAGUGUCAUUACAGCCCAGAGUGUGAAAAUGGUGACAGCCAACAUGUUACUGAGUGUCUUACUUCUCCCAGGUGCGUUGGCUGCUUGUGUUCAUAAAUCAGCCCUAUACUUCACUGCACCAAAGCAGAUGGAAGCACUGAGUGGAUCUUGUCUGCAGAUCCCAUGUAACUUUAGAGUUAAACCAGGUGAGAAAUUCAACAGCACAAGAACAACCUUUGGAGUGUGGAUUAAAACUAACCAUGGUUUUAACAAAAAUCAAAAUAAUCUGAUUUUCAACAGCAGCAGGACGGAUAAUAAAUAUCCAAUGAAUAUUACUGGAGACCUGAGUGAGAAAAACUGCACCACUUUAUUUUCCAGUUUAAUCACAAGUUACACAGACAGAUACUACUUCAGGAUUGAGAACUGGCCUUUCAGGGCAACAGCAUACUGUGAUUCUCUUCAAAUAACAGUUAAAGAUUCUGCUCCGAGGCCCAGCAUUGAGAUCUCAGGUGGUGUGAAUGAUCUGAAGGAGAAGCAGUCUGUCACUAUAACCUGCUCAGCUUUCACUCCCUGUCCACACUCCCCUCCUAAACUCACCUGGACUCUCCAACAAGACCCUCACAACAUCAUAGAGCAAAACACAGAUGGAACCUUUAGAACUAAAAUCCAGGAGACCAUCACUCUGUCAGACACACAUGAUGGACUCACCAUCAGCUGUUCUGCAGGAUAUCCUGUGAAUGAAGGAAAAGAUGUGAAGACAGCAGCAGCAGAAAAAAUCACUCUCAGUGUUUCAUAUGCUCCCAGGAACACCUCAGUGUCCGUCAGUCCAUCAGGUUUGGUGUCAGCAGGUAGCUGGGUGAACCUGACCUGCUCCAGCAGAGCCAAACCUCCCGUCAGCCGCUUCACCUGGUUCAAGAACAGCAAAGAUGGAGCCAUCAGUGUAGCUGAAGGAGACUUUUACAGCCUUAAUGUCACUGAUGGAGGAGAUUAUUACUGUGUGGCCACAAAUGAUCUCGGGAAUGAGAUGUCACCAGUGAUCAGUCUGACUAUUGAAGACUCUCUCAGGGACACUUCAGUGGUCAUCAGUCCCACUGAUCCAGUGUCAGUGGGCAGCGUGGUGAACCUGACCUGCUCCUGCAGAGGAAACCCUCCUGUUGUUAACUUUGUCUGGUUCAUGAUCAGUGAUGGCAGACUGGAAAUGAUCCAAGCUGAUACUCACUUUAUGGCUUUAAAGUGGCCAACAGUGAUCGAGGCAGACUGUAUUAUUGUGGCUGCAGAAAUGAUCCGGACUUCCAACUAUCAACAGGAUGUCAGCUGACAUUUGAAGGGGAUCAACAGUCUGGAGCUGUUGGUGUUCAGGUUAUAGUGAAGACUCUGGGAAUCAUGAUGCUCCUCACUACUUUGAUCGUCUUUGAGUGCUGGUUUAGAUCACGACGCUCCACCAAAUCCGUGGAGCCACCAGAUGAGGACGCAGCAGAAGCAGUCUAUGUCAACACUUUAGUGGAGUUACAUCCAACAUGAGCCAGAAAGGAGAGGAAGAAGAUGUCAUGUUUGCUAUAAAAACAACUUACUGUAUUGUUUUUCUGUAUUAUUUAGUCUUCCAAUAAGGUGUUUUAUUUUAAAUACUCAAUAGUAUAACUUUCUUUAAAGACGAUGUGGUCAUGUUGAACUAAUUCAUGGCAUCUGAUUUUUUUUCUUUUUUUCUGAAGAUUUCAAAAAAUGAUGCUUAGAUGAUGUAUACAAAUGUAACUGCUUAGCUAGAGUUUCCAUUGGAUGCAUGUAAAGAGUGUUAAAUAUAAUGUUUUUAAAAGUUAACAUCUCAACUUUCA